UCCGCGCCGAGCGCAGUUCGCCCUUCUCCUUUCAAGCACCGGAAACCGUCCGACGCGUACGACUCCGCGCGUCUCCCUCCUGGGACAAGAUAAAUAAACAUUUAACGGACUUUGAUCACGAACAAACGUUUACAAUGAGUUAUUGACUCUCUCAUUGAGUCACAAGUCACCGAACUCCAUGGACGAAAUAUAUCCAUAUUAACGUUCUUUCAUUGUUUUGAAUUUCCUUUUUGGCAGUUGGACUUGGUUGGGGCUAUGUGUGUUUUUUUUUUUUUACUUCAUGUAAUGUGGAUGUUACCUGUGUCCGUGGCUGUGUCCGUGGCUGUGUCCGUGGCCGUGGCUGGAGGAUGAGCGCCGGCGUGGCAGGGGACGCGACACUAACUCAUACUAUGCAGGCAAGCCUGUAGGGUAGACCAGGCUGAGCCCCCUGAUGAGUUGAGUCUCCUCUCCUCUCCCAGCGUAGCCAGGUGGGAUGUCCCAGAUGUGUGUCCUCUUAUCUCUGCUCACCCUCUCUGGCUACACCCAGGUCUCCUCGGCUAAAUCUCUGAAACUCCUGAUGGAACAAUGGACGAGCUACAAGAACCAGUGUUCUCAGAGCAUCGUCGCCACGCCUCCCGCCACAGGACUGGUGUGUAACAGGACGUUUGACCAGUAUGCCUGCUGGCCCGAUGGACUUCCUGGAACAACAGUCAAUGUCUCAUGUCCAUGGUACCUGCCCUGGUACCGCAAAGUCCAGCAGGGUGUGGUGUAUAGAGUGUGCAGUGGGGACGGACGCUGGGCCCCAAAGAACACCAGUGAGUGUGAGCAGGACGACCCAGGACAGCAGCACUAUGGUAGCAUCCUCAGUAAGUUCCGGGCCAUGUACACAGUGGGCUACUCCCUCUCCCUCGGAGCCCUGGUAUUGGCUUUGGGCAUCCUGGUCUCAUUCAGGAAGCUCCACUGUAUGAGGAACAACAUCCAUAUGAAUCUGUUUUCCUCCUUCAUCCUGCGUGCUGUCUCCAUCCUGAUUAAAGAUGUCCUGCUAGACUCCCUGUCCGUCCCCCUGGCCCCCGGGGCUGACACCCACCAUCAGACCGUUGCCGGGUGCCGUAUCGCCAUGGUGAUGAUGCAGUACAGCGUCAUCGCCAACAACUAUUGGCUGCUGGUGGAAGGCAUCUACCUGCACAGCCUCCUGGUCAUCACCGUGUUCACUGAGAGAAACUACUUCUGCAUCUACCUGUUUAUCGGCUGGGGUGCUCCUCUGAUAUUCGUGUUGCCGUGGGUGAUAGUCAAAUACCUGUACGAGAAUGAAGAGUGCUGGGAGAGGAACAUCAACAUGGGUUACUGGUGGAUUAUACGUUCUCCCAUCCUGUUAGCUUACCUGAUGAAUUUCUUUAUCUUCAUCCGGAUUAUAAAGAUCCUGAUGUCGAAGCUCAAGGCCCAUCAGAUGAGAUACACAGAUUACAAGUUCAGGCUGGCUAAAUCCACUCUGACCCUUAUCCCUCUGCUGGGUAUUCAUGCCAUCCUCUUCACCUUAGUCAUCGAUGAGUCCGUCCCCAAAGGUUCCAAGAUGCGUCUCAUCCGCCUCUUCUAUGACCUCCUCUUCAACUCCUUCCAGGGCCUACUGGUGGCCAUCUUGUAUUGUUUCGUCAACAAAGAGGUCCAGUCUGAGAUGUUGAAAAAGUGGAAGAGAUGGAAGCUGGGUAAAGACAUCGAGGAAGAGUACCGUCAUACAUACAGCCACACGCCUCACGUCAAGAGCGGCAGCAUCGUCACCGGCAACCUGGCCGGUGUCCAAGACAACGGCAGCGACCCUAAAGACUCACAGUUAACCCCCAACCCCGACUACGACCCAGAUCCUAUCCCUGCCUCAACCUCCAUCACCCCCAAUGAGAGCAGUAGACUGGUGGGGUCCUGCCACAACAGGACGGAUAAAGCAAAGACUCAAUCCUCCCUGCAGUGUCCCUCCACACCACACGGUGGCACUAACAACUGCAGCACUCUGAUGGAGGACGUUUGUCUGGAGGAGAGGGCGCAGAGUUAUACACGCCCAGAGGAGGGCGCCGAAAGCAACUUCUGACCAACGGGGGAAGACCAUCCCCGGCCUAUGGAUUGAUUGGUUGAUUGAUAGAUAGAUUGCUAAAGUGUUCUGGUGUAGAAAGAGACAACACACCUACUGGAGGGGACCGUUAAUGCACUGCAGGUCCAGAUCCUAUGGAUUGAUUGGUUGGUUGAUUGAUUGAUUGGUUGACUGCAGGUACAGAAGGCUCGAUAGUCUAAAAUAUGAAAUAUUUUACUGUUUCUUUUUCUGUGACCAUAUUUUGACCACACGGGAUGGACCACGUUCCCCACUGUGUUCAGGACCUCAAGGAAAUCUCUUCGUUGACCACGAACAUCACGGUUGACGAGAACUACUGCUAAAGGAAAACUAGCAGGCCUGCUAGCUGUGUCCAUGUGUACGACCGCCAACCAAACGCUACCCUCGCUCAACAACUCCCUGGCUGUGCUCCGAUUCUCCUCCCUUUUCUAGAAGUGUGCACUAGCACCCCCGUCAAUCAUUUAAAGCAUAGGAUUGGUGUAGGUUCACAUUGGCUGGAGGUAUUUACCCACCGUUUUCAAAUUCAUGUGAGAAAGUGUGUAAGUCCACACCGUGUGUCCCUGUUCUCUACUGCUAUGGAGGCCCAAAUGGAGCCCUAUUCCCUAUCUAGUGCACUACUUUAGACCAGAACCCUAUUCCCUAUAUAGUGCACUACUUUAGACCAGAGCACUAUUCCCUAUAUAGUG